CCAGGGACCGAGGUCGCCCAGCCCAGCGUUCCGCUCGCUGCCGCCGCGCGCGCUCCUGCCGCCCAGCAUUCCGGUCACCGGUCAGCACAGACGUUCAGAAGACAAGGACGUGUCCUUCCACAAUGUCCUACAGACGAGAGCUGGAGAAAUACCGAGACCUAGAUGAAGAUGAGAUCCUGGGGGCCCUUACUGAGGAGGAGCUCAGGACGCUGGAAAAUGAGCUGGACGAGCUAGACCCGGAUAAUGCACUGCUCCCUGCAGGCCUCAGGCAGAAGGAUCAGACCACCAAGGCGCCCACAGGCCCCUUUAAAAGGGAGGAGCUUUUGGACCACUUGGAAAAGCAAGCGAAGGAGUUUAAGGACCGAGAAGACCUGGUUCCCUACACAGGGGAGAAACGAGGAAAGAUCUGGGUUCCCAAGCAGAAACCAAUGGACCCCGUGCUGGAGAGCGUCACGCUGGAGCCAGAGCUGGAGGAGGCCUUGGCAAAUGCCUCAGAUGCGGAACUGUGUGACAUUGCAGCUAUCCUGGGCAUGCACACACUCAUGAGCAACCAGCAGUACUACCAGGCCUUGGGCAGCAGCUCCAUCGUGAACAAGGAGGGACUCAACAGUGUGAUUAAACCCACACAGUACAAGCCUGUGCCCGAUGAAGAACCAAAUUCAACAGAUGUAGAGGAAACGCUGGAGAGGAUAAAGAACAAUGACCCGGAACUCGAAGAGGUUAAUCUCAACAACAUCCGGAAUAUCCCCAUACCCACCCUUAAGGCGUAUGCGGAAGCCCUGAAAGAGAACUCCUACGUGAAGAAGUUCAGCAUCGUGGGGACCCGCAGCAAUGACCCCGUGGCGUUUGCUCUUGCCGAAAUGCUGAAGGUGAACAAGGUGUUGAAGACACUGAACGUGGAAUCCAACUUCAUUUCCGGAGCCGGGAUCCUGCGCCUGGUGGAAGCCCUCCCGCACAACACUUCUCUGGUGGAGCUGAAAAUUGAUAACCAGAGCCAGCCCUUGGGCAACAAAGUGGAAAUGGAGAUUGUGAACAUGUUGGAGAAAAACACAACGCUACUCAAAUUUGGCUACCACUUUACCCAGCAGGGGCCCCGGCUGCGGGCCUCCAAUGCCAUGAUGAACAACAAUGACCUUGUGAGGAAGAGGAGGCUCGCAGACCUGACGGGGCCUAUUAUUCCCAAGUGCCGCAGCGGUGUCUAGUGUGCAAAGGGGAGCCCACGCCUGUGAACUGGACAUGUUCUACCGACAGUCUGUGUUCCCCAGUGGAGACCAGGAGGCAAACGCUGGCGUGGAACUCUCGUGGUUCAGUUCUUUGUGCACUAAGGUUUAGGUUAACUAGUGACUGUAGUCGGACCUUUUAUAAAAUAUGGUUAAUGUGAAGAUUUUUAGUCACAGAGUUCAGCCUGGUAAUUAUUUAAAAGUGAAGAAGCCCUCAAACUGGCAGGUCUUGCUGCAGACAGCAUGACAGUGGCAGUGACAGCCCCCUUGGUGGCCAUGCUUUGGUGUUUAGGUGCAUUUACAAUGGAACGCAUCAACACAGAGCACUCUUCCCACCUAGUUUGGAAGCACUGUGAAACACUUUAUUACAGAUUUGACCAUAGCAACUCAGUGAAAAGAACAGACAAUGAUGAUUUUUCAACCCCACUUGAAACUUUAACCUCAAGAUUAAAGCUGCCAAAUUGAUCCCAAGAUGAAUACCUCCUCCCUCCCCUCUUUCCCCGAUAAUGAAAGACAAGCCACAGACUCUUCUAAGAGUCAGAAAGACACAGGAUUCCUGCUGCCAGGUAAGAGGAAGAGGGAGGAAAAGGCAAUGGUGAAAUUUCAAGUCUUAACACCCUCCACCCAGGCAGCAGACGAGCCCCUGAGCGCCCUGUGCGGACACCUGGGGUGGGCUCACUGCGCUCAGAAGUCAUUUUUUCUUUUCUGAAGGCCAACUUCAUGAUGGAGGAAAACUUAGAGCCACAUGAACUAUCUUCCUAUACCACAGUGGGCGCCUGGCUUAUGUGAGGUCAACACCACUGGGUGAAUUUCCAGGACACCAUGGCUGCGGUAACGAGCAUAGCCCAGCUUACAGACACCAAGUGCCUUCCAGGUCACUUAGGAGAUAAAUAAUCACACAGAGCUCUCGCCUACAAAUGAAGGCUCUGAAGGACAGCAGUGCACAAUAUCCCAACAGUAAAGAAUUAGAAAAUCCUGGCCAAAUGACAUAAGUGAUUACUCGGAAACCUAAUUUUGGCAUUUCUACUGGAUCCCUUCUUUAACACCAUGGGAGCCAGCAAAAUGUUAAAACACACUGUUCUUGUGCCUUUUAAUAGACCACAGUGCCAGUUAAACUAGUAUUUUUGUUUGUUGCUUUGGAGAGUUUUUUCCUUAGGGAUUCAGCCAAUAUUACAAUAAUGGCAAGGCUCAAAAGCUGUUCAGCAUAGCCCAGGGGGCUUCUGACUUAAGAGAGCACACUAAACUGUAAUGCUGUGGACAGUACAGGGUAACUAGAGGUGACAUCAGGGCCUCACCACUCAAGAGUGUCUACUGAGGAUGCACAUGGGCCCAGAAGUGGCACCAAGCUGCAGGGACGGCCAUCCCCACUCAGCUUCUCCUUGAAACACAACUGCAGCUGCAUUCUGCAUCACUGGAAAGUGCAAAAUAAUAUUAAAGCCAUUGGUGUAUGUA